CUAAAAAAAACAGACCGAUCUUUUGAUACAGAUUUUCUAACCUAUUACUCAAUUUUGAGUCUUAUUAUUAUCAAGUUUUGCUCAAUAAUUUUAAAUAUCUGUUUAUAAUUUUGUUGUUGAAUUAAAUAUUUAUAAAUCAACAGGAUUACAUGAUACAGCUUUUAUAGAAAGAACUUGAAAAUAAGAAUACUUAAGGGGAAUAUAAGCAUUUAUCCCAUCUAUUGAAAUUUUUGCACUUUCUAUAACCACGCAAAAAGGAAAACUUUAAAAUGCUUAGUUUAAUUUUAAAACAUCCUAUCAUAUUUAAAGAUUUAUUAACUGAAGCACAUUCUACUUGUGGAAUGAUACAAAAAUGUUUUAAAUAUAAUAAAAAUAUAUCUUCAGCAUUGAUUAUUAGAACAUUUGUAACCAGAAAUACAAGACUAUCUGAUGGAUUAGCGCAAUCAGCAAGUUUUCUUAAACCUAACAAAUUGUCGCAAAACUUAAUUCGGCAUCAGCAAAUGAAAAAAUUAGAUGUGAAUACAAAUGUAAGAAAUAAUGUAAUUUUAUACAAAAAUGAAUGUGAUAGAUAUUUUCGGAAUAUAAAAAUUAUUGCAAUUGGACAAUUACUUGGUUGGAGUAUGUUGGCUUUCUGUACUUAUACAUCAGCUUUCUUUGAUAUAUUUACAACUGAUAUAAAAUUGAAAGAAUUUGUAAAACAACAUGCAUUUCGGCUUAUAAUAUUUGUUUUCUCAAUUUUUGCAGGUCCUUGUGCAUUUGCUUUUAUAUAUGCUUUGUGUGCUCGUAGCAUCAGAUAUAUUAUCUUAAAUAAAGGUGGUAAAACACUUUCACUUUCUACUUAUCACUGGCGGAAAAAGAAAUCUAAUAUAAUAAAUUUACCAAUAGAGAUGGCAAAAUGUACCUCACAUAGAAUGGAUCGUGGAGUAUGUAUAGCAUUUAAAAUAAAAAACAAAUCUCUUUUUUAUUUGAUUGAUAAAAAGGGCGUAUUUGUAAAUCCAACUCUUUUUGAUGAAGUAAUGAUAUAAUUACUUAAUCUUAA